GAAUGUGAGGGCGCAGUGGGUCAGCGGCGGCGAACUCAAACGGCGUGCCAGUCUGCGGCGGUCCGGUCCGCCGGUUAGCGAUCUAGCAACAAAGAGGCGUGCGGUGUUCUUUUUGCGAUGCGUGACGAGCACACACGGUAACUUAUUAAAAGCGGAGGCCCUCCUUUGUGUCAACAGGCCCGCUCGUCCCAAAGGUCACGUCCGAGUUCAAGCCGCCAACAGGAAGUAUGCCUGCGCGUUGUAGAGUUAUUCGCCGCAGGCUGGAAAGUGGAGAUGGGGAUGCGAACGGCAAACAUCAACGGUUUGUGUUGAGAAGGAAAGAAAGUGAUGCUGCGUCGCUGGCAUGGUGGAAGUAUCACACCUUCGCCACGGGAGUCAACACAGCAGAUCAAACAUCAUGGCCGACCUUUGUACGAGCGCUCCCAGCAGGUGUGCACGGCUGAUAAGACUCAGUUGGCCGUGCACGUGCGCUCUAUUUGCAUAGCUGCGACUACACGUCAAGAAAAUCUUGAUAUAUCCACAUAGCAAGACGGUGGCAGAGUGGAGCGUAGACGCGUAAUGGAGUAAGAAUGUCUGGUGUCCCUGUCGCCGCCAUCAUGGCUGACCCCAGCUGGUGGAAGCUGACCUUCUCCCGCAAGAAAAAGUCUGAGUCCAAGGUCCUGUACGAGAUCCCGGCCGAGUACGGCAGCAACACCAAAGAGCACCCCAGCGGCGGACCCGCUCCGGAGGCGGCCGACAACCAGUUCAGCGCCAGACUGGAGAAGAUCGUGGACAAGUCGGCCACCAAGGGGCGCCACGUCAAGGUGUCCCACUCGGGUCGCUUCAAGGAGAAGAAGAAGAUCCGAGCCACGCUGGCCGAGAACCCGGACCUGUUUACCGAGCAGAACCUGGCGGACCAGCACCACAAGAAGAAGACUGACAAGUAGCAGGGGCUGCCGUGGCACUUUCACGGGUAAAAACGUUCACGUGAGCCACCUGGGGGUGCAGUCGGGACCAAGACGUGCCGCUGUGCACUGGGCGGGGCCGGGCUGGGCGGGGCCGGUGCCACAGCCAAUCACAGCUAAACAAACGGGAUGUUUUCUUGAUGGGAAUGGAGGUCUUUGAUUGCUGUCACUUGAGAAUCAAAUCACAUGAUGCUGCUGUAUCUUCUUUUCCUUACGCUAAACAAGUCCACAUUUCAACACGCAUCCCAGUCUAACGUCUGCUGCUUCUGUUGCCACGGCGACGGUAAGCGUACACUGUCACCUGAUACACUUACCUCCAUCAUCAUCACUGACACCUUCUGGCCACAGAGUGCACUCAACCAACCAGGUCGCAGUCAUGGGCGAUAUUUGAAACGAAACCCAUGACUUUCUAGCAUUUUUUUCUGAUACCCAUACCAAUGUCGUUUUGGGGGACAUUUUGGGGGACAUUUUUUGGAAACCGAUGACUUUUUUUUGGCAUUUUUUAAAAUACCGAUUACAGUUAUUGGCAUACAUUUUAUCACUUUUAUUACCUUUUUGGCAUUUUUUAAAAUACAGAUUACUGUUAUUGACAUAUGUUUUAUCACUUUUAUUACCUUUUUUGGCAUUUUUUGUUCAAUACCAAUAUGCUCUGACUUCCCCGAUACUCGGGAUUUAAAAAGAAAAACUAGAUUCCAAUUAGCUUUUUUUUUUUUUUUAGCUUUUUUUUUUACUUACGUUUACCCCCCCGCCCCAAUACCGAUUCUUGUUACCAUUUAGCUUUUUUGCCCGCGAUUGGUUGGCGACCAGUCCAGGGUGGACCCUGUGCUCUUGCUCAAAGUCAGCUGGGAUAGGCUCCAGCACACCCCUGUCACCCCAGUGACAUUCUGAUUCCGAUACCAAUGAUCUAUUUUGGCAAUUUUUUAUAAGACUAAUAACCUUUUCACAUUUUUUAAUUUUAACAGUGCAAUUACUUUUUCUGUAUUUUUGUUCAAUACCAAAAACAUCUUUUUCAUAUUGUUUUUUGAGUGUAAAAAAAAAUCUGAUUUUUAUUUCCCCAAUAGUAGUAACCUCUUUUUGUUUGAAAAAUGCUUUUUUCCACAAUUCCUAUUUCACAUUUAUCAUAGCAAUAUGGAUUAUCUUUUGCAUUUUUUUCCGAUACAUAACCUUUUUUGGGCAUUUUGUUUCAAUACUAAUUCUGAUUGUCUUUUUAAAAAAAAAAUACUGAUACGAUAAUCAAUUGAUGGAACAAUAAAGAAAAACAGGUAGAUAAUUAUGUAAUCGAUAAUUUGACUUGUGCAUGUAUGUGUGUGUCUCUCCGCGUCACACAGGCUGGAUGGCAAGAGGCUUCACUCUGCACGUGUCAUUGCGCAUUGGUUCUAUAGUGGAAUGAACAUCUCAUUCAGCCUGUUUGUGGGGGCGGGGCCACUAGUGAGUGGAUACAGAGCAGUUAGCCUCGUGAGGGAGCGGGCGCUAACAUGAAUGGAGGCACAGAAAGGCGUAUGGCAGACAUUUUAAAGGGGAUUCUAUGCUUUUCCUCAUUUCUGAUCUAUAAAUGUUGUUACAAUGUUGUCUUCUCGUGUUAAACGAUGCCAACGCAUCAGAUAAUGAGGUUCGUGUGAGCCCACAAAGCAGUUUUGGAUACCUACAUUUGCGGAAGUCCUCGGGAGCGCUAAAACCAAUGAGCUUUUUGGUCAUUUUAUUUCAUUAAAAUCCAUAAAUACUCAUUAAUUGACAAUUUCAAUGUGUUAAAAUUGUGGAAUAAAGCAAAUAUCAGGUAUUUUUGAUCAACACUGA